AUAUGUACGUAUCUGCUGAAUGUAAACAAAAGUGUUAAUUAAUUUUGAUUUUAUCUCGCGUGAUUGCCGCUUGUUUGAAUUGAUAAAUUCUGGAUUAUACAAUAAGUUGAAGUUUGAAGGGCACACAUAUAAAAUAUGUAUAAAGUGCAUCUUAUCUUCAAGCAAUUGACAGAUUCAAACUUACCAAAGAAAACUGUUUUCGUAGUAUCAAGUAUGAGUUCCUGACAUUAAUAGAGUGAAUGCAGAUCAGCAUUUUCUACGGUGAGAACUCAAAGAUCAUCAGGAACAAAUCUACGACCAGUCACCAUGAAUCAUAUCUGCACUGAAACCAAUUGUUACUCCAAUAAACUUGGUCCAUUCACUUGUGGUGUUUGUAGCAAGGUUUUAAGCUCAAUUUGCCUGCUUCAUCAGCAUUUAACAGGGCAUAGUUCAGGUGGAUCUUAUCAUUUUGAUAACGUGCUCAGAGUUGCAUUUCCAAAAUAUGACUCAAUAUGUGCAUCAACCCAGACACCAGGGCAACAAGAUUACCUUCUAGAUGAAAGGUUUUCAGCAAAAGUUGGUCUUCUUGAAGAUAUUCAAGAGAAGAGGAUGAACUAUGCUAAGUAUCAUAGACAUUUUCUUGGAAGCAAGGAUAAAGAGGCUGUUAAAUUUGUGAAAGAACUGGAGAAACCUUUUAAAAAUGAACAUAGAGUAAGAGUAGAAAAUCACAGCGCUGACUUAACCUCUGCAAAUACCAGAUAUAGGGAUUUAACUGGAAAGCAACAGAUAAGGGAAUGUGCCAGCACAGAAAAUGAGAGCAAGUUUGCAAGUAAAGCGAGCAAACUAAGUAAGAAAAUUGACACAAAAAAUUCUGAAGAAAAACUUAUUCUUAAAUCUUCCAGUGUAGCACCUGAUUUUAAUGUGUCCAGUUUUGUAAAUGAUAACGAUGAUAAUACUGUUGGAGAUAAUGAUGAUGUUGAUAGUGAUAAAAGUGAUAAUGAACAGAAUAUGUUUAGAAUUCCUAACAGUUUUCCUAAGAAAAGAAGAAAGAGAAUGGCUGUGUCAGAAAUAGUGGACAAAACCAUGAGAAAUAAAUCUGGAAAAGAAAGAGUAUUGAAAAGGUUUACUAAAAAGGAAAAGAAAAAGCCAAAUAAAUUUAAGACUGAGGUUGGAAAUCUAGAAACAGAGUUCUCCAAUGAUGAUGAAUCUGAUUGUGAAAAAAUUGAUACUGUUCAUGAUAACAAGAAUAAGACUGAUUAUUUGGAAGACAAUAACUAUUUCUAUGGAAAACUCAUUUCAAAAAGUUUUACUAUUGAAAGACAGAAAUGGGAUGAAAAACUUGGUAAAGGUGAAAUGAAAAGUGAGCCUGACCAGAUUGUUGUUGAUGGUACAUGGUAUCCAGAAUUUGAAGAAAGUUACUCUUUGAUGCCAAAUGAAAAAUCUGGCCAUGAUGAAUUUGAAAUUUCAAAAAUUAAAGACUUUUAUGGGAUAGACACUAAUGUUGAUCUACCAAAAGAAGAAUUAAAGAAGUUGAAAAAAGAGUGGAGGAAUGAGCCAAAAUCAGAAUUAAAUUGUAGACAGUGUGGCAAAACAUUCAAGCACAUCCGUCAUUUUGAAGGUCAUAUGAAUUUUCAUGCUGGUUUAACACCUUUUAUGUGUCAGUAUUGUGGUAAAGCUUACGCCAAUCUGACUUCACUACAGAUGCAUGAGAAACUAAUACAUUCUGAUAAAAGUACAUGGUUACAAUGUUCUGUAUGUGAGAACAGUUUUGCUACACCUGGACGACUUCGAACUCACCAGCUUACGCAUUCUACAGAUUAUUCAUAUAUAUGUAACAUAUGUAAUAAAUCAUAUAAAAAUCAUACACUUUUAAAACGUCAUCAAUCAUACGCACACAGUAACAAACAACACAGAUGUCAAAAUUGCAGACUGUCAUUUAAUACUAUUGAGGAACGUGAUUUACACCAGUGUGUAAAACAUAAUAAGGAAAUGAAAUGCGAGACUUGUGGAAGGCAGUUUACGAGCGAGAGAAGUAAAAUCAGACAUGAAAAAAUUCAUUCAGGUGUAAAACCACACGAGUGCCAUAUAUGCCUACGAAGAUUUCUCCAAAAAUCACCAUACUGGGUACAUAUGGAGAAACAUCAUGACUUGACGAAGACCGAUUUGAUCCGGUUGUUUCCGGAGAAACAUUUAGGUCGGAACCAGCAACAUCUGAUUAAAGAGAUGACGCCUACAGACAACUUAGACAAAUAUGAUGAAAUUUCUGACGAUUCUUUUGUUGAUGAAGAAAUUUCUAAUGACCCUUUUGUUGAUGAUGAUGAAUUGCUGUUUGCUUCACCAGUGAAUUUGACAAAAUUAUAGUAAACUAAAUUUUGAUGAGAAUAAAUAUUAAAUA